UAGAGAUCACAAGAGCCAACUCCCCAUAUGUAACGCUACCUCGCUCAACGCCCACCUCUGAUCAUUCUCCUUAGACCCAGAUGGACAAUCGAAUCCAUGGAGGAUGCUCGCCACCGCGUCUCGCCCUCCGCGUCGCCUCCGUCCUCCUCUUCCUGUGCGUAGCCGUGACCCCGGCGGCGAGCCAUGGCCCCCAUGGCAAUGACACCGGCCUGCACAAGAACUUCCUCGUCAUCGUGCGCAGCCCGUACGAGUACGACACGAAGCUGUACAAGAACACGUCGAGCUGGCACGCGUCGCUCCUGGCCGAGGUGUGCGACAUGGCCAAGGAAGCGAUGGAGAAUGACCCCUCCUCCGUGACCCGGCUCCUAUACUCGUACCGCAACGUCGUCAAUGGCUUCUCCGCCCGUCUGACGGUGGAGGAGCUGGAGGAGAUGAAAAAGAAGGACUGGUUUUACAAGGCCUAUCCUGAGAAGACGUACCACCUCAUGACCACGCACACGCCCAAGAUGCUGGGGCUCAUGGGCGAGGACCGCGCCGGGGAAGGCGUGUGGAACACCAGCAACAUGGGCGAGGGCAUCAUCAUCGGGGUCCUCGACGACGGCAUCUACGCCGGCCACCCGUCGUUCGACGGCGAGGGAAUGAAGCCGCCGCCCAAGAAGUGGACUGGCCGCUGCGACUUCAACAACACGGUGUGCAACAACAAGCUCAUCGGCGCGCGGUCCUUCUUCGAGUCGGCCAAGUGGAAGUGGAAGGGCAUCGACGACCCGGUGCUCCCGAUCAACGAGGGCCAGCACGGGACGCACACGUCCAGCACCGCCGCCGGCGCGUUCGUGCCCGACGCCAACAUAUCCGGCCUCGCGGUGGGCACGGCGGUCGGCAUGGCGCCCCGCGCGCACAUCGCCUUCUACCAGGUGUGCUUCGAGACGAAGGGCUGCGACCGGGAUGACAUACUGGCGGCGGUCGACGAUGCCAUCGAGGACGGCGUCGACGUGCUCUCUAUGUCUCUUGGCGGGAACCCGGACGCUGACUUCUCGGAGGACCCCGUCUCCUCGGCGCGGGGGCCGAACCUGCAAAGCCGGGGGAUUCUAAAGCCUGACAUCAUCGGCCCGGGAGUGAACAUACUCGCGGGCGUCCCCGGCAUCGCGGACUUGGUGUUGCCGCCCAAAGCAGAGAUGCCCAAGUUCGACGUCAAGUCCGGCACGUCCAUGUCGUGCCCGCACCUCGCCGGGGUCGCCGCGCUAAUGAAGAACGCGCACCCGACGUGGUCGCCCGCCGCCAUCAAGUCGGCGCUGAUGACGACCACGGAAACCACCGAUAACGAGAAGAAACCGUUCCUCGACGUGGACGGCACGCAGGCGACGUACUUCGCCACGGGCGCCGGGCACGUGAACCCGAAGAAAGCCAUGGACCCGGGGCUCGUGUACAACCUGUCGGCGUCGGACUACGUCCCGUACCUGUGCGGGCUCAACUACACGGACCAGCAGGUGAACUCGAUCAUCCACCCGGAGCCGGCGGUGGACUGCACCAAGAUAACAAAGAUCGCCGAGAAGGACCUCAACUACCCGUCAAUCACCAUCAUCGUCGACAAGGCGGACACCGUCGUGAACGCCACCCGCGCGGUGACAAACGUCGGCGUGGCAAGCUCGACGUACAAGAUGGAGGUUGAGGCGCCGAAAUCGGUGACGGUGGAAGUGACGCCGACGAAGCUGGAGUUCAAGGAGCUGGACGAGGUCUUGAACUACACGGUCUCCGUCAAGGCCAAGGCCGUGCCGGAAGGCGCCAUCGAAGGGCAGCUCAAGUGGGUCUCCAGCAAGCACAUCGUGCGAAGCCCGAUCCUCAUAUUGCCCGGCGACGGGGAAGAGGAGGCCACGUCGGGAGCUGAGGGGCCUUCAGCUCAUGUUAGUUCUUUGCUCGAGUGACAGAUUGUUUUGUUUUGUUUUGUUUUCUUUGCUCGUGUUGAAAUACAGGUGUUGAUGAUCGUGACAACUGUUUUUCUUCAUUUAGGGGCAAAUGUAUGUGUGGCUGCAGUCCCCCUCUAUAUUGACAUGCGAUCUAUUGUAUUUAUUUGGGUAGGAGGUGUAUUUAAGGAUCACUUUGCCCUCAAUUAGAAAGAAAUUUC